UGGCCUGAAGCGUCGCUUGGCUAGUGGCACGAAUACAUAUUUGAAUCACUUAUCGGAGUGCUGCUGGAUUUUAUGUUAUACUGUGGGAAAUUUCCUUUGCAGAGAGGAACACAGCCAUGCACCCGACGCUUCAACAGGCGCUUUAGUGUGAGUGUGGCACCAUUAUUGACUUUAUUAGUAGGAAUCCUGUAACCCUUUUAACAGCUUCUGCAUCACUGUGUAGGAGUAGGAGCCAGGAUCCCUGUGCUCACACAAUGCCGUAUGUAUAACUUAAAAUACCAAUGGAUCAGGCAAUAAAAAAAAUAAAUCUUAUUUGCAAAUGCUUUAUGUCUGAGGGUAUGGCGCAUUGGCAGAAGAAAAAGUGAAGAGGAGACACAUCUCCACUUUCCUUCCUGCUCUUUCAGUUCCAAAUGAAUAGUAGAAUUGAAAGCAGCCAAACAAUGUAUGGCUUCCAUUUAGCCCAUGGGGCUAUACCAUACAAAGGCAAGAUCGUAUCUGUUUCUUUUGUUCUCCCAAAUUAUUUUACCACUCUCUUUAACAUGCUGAAACCCAUCAUAUUUAAAGGGGAAGUUUCAUGAAAAAAAAUGUAAUACAAGAUUUAUCUGAUCUAAAUGAAAUCAAAUAUUUUGUUACUCUUCAAUAACCCCCUCUCAGCAAUCUGUCUUUACAUACAGCUUUGUGUUGCAACUGGAUAUUAGGAAAGGCAUUUACCUGUAGGCAAAGGGAGCACACGCUAAUGAUGUCAUUGUUCAUCAAAAAAAAAAAAAUCUAGAGAAACAGAUUGUUGAGUGGAGAAAAGUAACUUGAUCAUUUCAGAACAAGUACAUAAUGUUUAAUUGAUUAUGUUUAGAGCGUUUCAUUUUUCAGUGAGAUGAAGCUCACAUAUAUAGCAGCGCAUUGGUGGUUCAUCUAAUAGCCCCAAAAUACAAGAGUAGUUGAAUAUACAUGAACCAUUGGCAGUCAAACUGUCAUAUAAUUUGAUGCUUGAGUUGACAGCUUUCACUUUAUUGAAUUUAAAGUAUACAAGAGAAAUAUGAUAGGAUCAUUGAUAUGUUGUUCCCUUUAUGAUUCACUGUGUAAAAUUGAAGGUAUUGAAUAUCAUGGCUGCUGUACUCCCUCCCUUUUUCUAUGAAUGUUUUUAUGUUAUUCUCCCCACAGACAUUUUUAUUAUUGUAUUAAGGUUGAGAGUGAGGCAUGCCGGAUUAUAGACAUUGUUCUCCUAUUAUCACUAUGUGGUUGUUGCAAGAUUGCUGUGCUGUCACUUUGCAUUGCUUGUUAUUGGUAGCCCUGACCAGACAAGGCCUUAUGUUUGCACCCACAAUGGGUUGAACAUAGGCAUGGUUUGGCCUUUCUCCUGGACUCCAUUUACUUGCACUGCAUUCACAAAGUGCUCAUUAUUUGUGCUCAUAAACACAACACCAACCUGCAAGGCUCUGUAGCACAGGGUUCCGUUGCAGUCAAAAUGAUGCUUUUGGUGCCAUGAUCCAACAGAAGCACAACCAACAUUAGGAGCAAAGUGCAAGAGCUGUACCGUUGCAAUCACAAUAUGUACUGAGCACCUGCAAGAGCUAUCCAUGCUGAUGGGUGCAUUGUAUAUGAGUUUAUUGAGACACAGAAUUCACUGUAUUUGCUGUACUAAGUACAGAAAGAAAUGAAACAUGAUUUUGUGUCGAUGGAAUAUGUCUAUUACUUUGUUCUUCUGUGUUCCUUGAGAGUGUUUGCAUCAGAUAUAUUACAAUGCUAAAAUACAAGUUCUAUUUUCUUGUAUUAUAUUGUACUUGCUGUAUUUAUCAAUGUAACAUGCAUUGCAGAAUACAACAAUACAUAAUAUAUAUAUCCCUCAAACGCCUUUUAUUUUCACAUAUGGCCAGUUUCCAAUCUUCAACCUUCUCUCCACUGAUAUAAUUUGUUCCUUCAAAAUGUUAGUUUGUGUCUGUAAAGCUUAUUGACACUGUUUUCUGUGAAUUUCAAACCUGAGUCUACACAGGUGCUUAUUCAUUUUUAUCUCCCACGCGCCUACAGUUAUCGUGUUAGAUAACCUCCCAUACCCUUCCCAUGAUCAAUACUGCAGUACUGGUUAGCCUUCAGAUAUAUUUAAAAGGGAGCUGUGCCACACAGAAAGCUCAUGAGAACACACCUCUCAAUCUUCGCUACCAUGAGACUUCUUUCUCUCCUCGUGCUGCCUUUCCUUUUCGGAGGCCUUGUGGCGGAAUGCCCAGGUUCUGCAUCGCUCCUGAAUGAAAAUGGAGAGAAACUGUGUGCCCGAAUGUAUGAACACAGCAGUGCUUAUUUUGACCAGUCCUGCGGAGGAGCAUACUUGGAUGCCAAGAAUGGAGAUGACUUCCCCUACAUGCCCUCUGGUUGGAAGAACAAGAUUUCUUCACUGGUCGUUUCCAGCCGUUGCACCCUGAAAGUGUGGAGCAAAGAAGGCAAACUCGGCAACAAUCGUUCAUUUUCAGCUGGUGUAGUCUACCAAAUGAAAGACUAUAAAAAUGGACUUUUCGGCAACUGGAAUGACUCUGUCCAAGCAUACUUCUGCACCUGCACAUAAAAAGACCUUUGUUCUUUGCUUCAACAAACCAUUAAAUGUGCAUUUCUCUCUUCAAA